AUGACCGAAGACAAGUAUACCGGAAAUCUGUUGGUGCCAAUGCCUUCUUCCUAUACUCCUUACUUACCAAGAUGCUACGACAUGGCUGGCUCAGAGAUUUACGAGAUCGGUGGCGGACUAAACCCACUCUCCUCAACCAAAGUGUGGGUGUCUAAUGAGCUUAACGGUAAAUGUCGUGAAGCACCUAGCAUGCUUCUUGCUCGUAAGAAUGCCUUUACAUGCUCAAUUGAUGGGAAGUUUUAUGUAAUGGGAGGGUGUGAAGCAGAUGAAACCACGUGUUGGGGAGAGGUUUUCAACCCAAAGACUCAAACGUGGGAGCCUUUACCGGAUCCUGGCACUAAGCUACGUUACUCUUCAAUUAAAAACCUCGAUGUAGGUAAUGGAAAAGGAAACAUUUACGUGAGGACCGAUGAGAAGAGCUUUGUUUACCUUGUAGGAGAAGGUAGGUGGGAAGUUGUUGAGGGAAGCUUGGGUGAGAGUGUUUGUGGGAUAGAGAAUAUAUGGUAUCUUUGUGCUAAUGAAAGAUGCUGGUGGCGUUACGGAGAUCGUUGUGAAGAGUGGAGAUUGGUCAAAGGUCUGAGUGAACUUGAUUACCAUUUCAGAUUUUGUAAUGGAAUGGAAAUAGUAAGUUGCGGUGGGAAACUCGUAAUCUUUUGGGUUGGUCCAUUAGAGUUACCUCUUGGAGAAAGCGUGGAGAUUUGGUGUGCUGUGAUUUUGCUUGAAAGACGUUACGAUGAUGAGAUUUGGGGUCAUAUUGAAUGGUUUGAUGUUGUUCUUAGAGUCCAUUGGUCACAUACACUCUUGCGUUGUGUGUGCGGAUUACGUUACGGAGGUGUUCUUUAUCAUUUCAAUGUCGACGAUAAAACGCUAGGUCUCCACACCGUGUUAUGCUAUGGCACAGAAGGAAGAAACAAUCUCGGAUUCCAAAUCUUGCCCUCUAAUACAAUUUACACUUACAUUCUCUUCGCCCUAACUGAAAUCACGGAUAUAAUAUAUAGAACUCCUACGCGUUACGGUUACGGCAAUGUAGCAAAAGGAGCUACGAGUAGUCAACUUUUGCCAUACAAUCCACACGGUGCUCAGAAAGUUCCAUCGAUCUCCAACGAGAAGCUCAACGAACCACAAGCUCUUAUUACGGAUUAUGGUGCUUCUUUGGUUAAGGGAUCAGUCAAUGAAAGAUCUUUGAAUCCCUUUGCUCAACCGGGAUACAACGGUUCAAGUUUCUACGAUCCUUGUUCUAACCAGCUUUACCAGUCUAUUACGCCUUAUGGUUUACCUUAUCAAGAAGCUCCUAUUCUAAACGCACCUUAUCAAGAAGCUCCGAUUAUAAACGCUCCCUCAGAGUUUGCUGCUCCUCGUAGUUACUUUACUACUUUCCCGCCUGUUCAAAUCUCGCUUCGGCCUAUGAAUUCUGGAGGAUUUGUAUUUGAGGCAGUGAAACAGAAGUUCAAGCAGUCGGAAAUGUGGCCUCAAGAAAACAAGAAUCAAAGUGACAAAAAAACUGCAGCAGCUGCUUAUAGUAGUAUUGAUGGAUCUUAUUACAUGGUCUCGCGAAAUCCGUUUGACCCUAUCGGAAGACCUUGCAAUCCAUAUGGCUCCAUCGCUAGACCCGUGAAGCAUCAUACCAAGGAAAUUAGCAAUGGCGUACAAGGGAUGCAUCAACUACAGAGGUGGAUAUACGCAUAA